AUGUCGUACAGUGAUAUGCCAAUCAGGCCACUGCCGCCGGAGGUUGCAGCCAAGAUCCGCUCGUCUGUGCAAAUUACGAAUCUAAAUGAGGUUGCGUUGGAAUUGGUGAAAAACGCAUUAGACGCCGAUGCCCAGGCCAUCACCAUCACUGUCGACUUCAGAAGAGGCGGCCUCGUCGUGGAAGACGACGGCUAUGGCAUUCCACCGACCGAGUUUAAAGAUGGCAGUGGAUUGGCGCAAGAACACAAUACAUCAAAGGCUGGUCGACAGUCAGCCUAUGGAUGCAAAGGGCUAUUUCUAGCAGCACUAGCCACCAUGUCUCUCCUUACAAUCACUUCGCGGCAUCAUGGGCAGUCUCAGGCCAGCACAAUCACCUUUCACCACUCUGAGGUUAUCUCUCGAUUGGUCCCUGCUCCCUCACAUCAGGCUAUCAGUGGAAACCAGGGUACCAAAGUCACUGUGAAUAAUUUGUUCGGAAAUAUGCCCGUCCGUCUCAAAUACCGCGCUUCGACUCUUCAGAGAGCAGAGGAUCUUGAUAAAGAGUGGGAUGAGUUGAAAAGAAUGCUAGUGGCACUCAUUUUGCCUAACGAGCGUCUGCAAAAACUACGCAUCUCCGAUAGCGAGAAAACUCGAAUAAUGAACAUCCGUAUGCCGCCAGCUUCGGGCGAGAUAUCGACGUUGAAUACCACCCGUCUACAGAUGAUCCUUGUUCAAUCAGGCUUGGUAUCAUCCACCAAAACGGGUCAAUGGAUUAGCAUGUCGGCAAAUACUCCAGAAUUGUCCAUUGAGGCAUACGUCUCGCUCUCCCCUAGCCCUACCAGGCUGAACCAGUUCAUCUCGAUUGGAAAUGACCCCUUAUUCACUACACAUAGCAGUGCAAACAUUCUAUAUAACAAAGUCAAUCAACUUUUUGCCGCCUCUGAUUUUGGUUCGAACGCUGCGUCGAAUCAACAUGCCAACGAGAUUCCCGAGUUGGAAAGCAACGAUGUUUCAUUAAAAAGUGCAUCAAGAAUAGGCACGCGAUGGCCCAUGUUCUACAUACGAAUUGGAGCCAAUGCUUCUUGGAAAAUACCAGAACAUGAUGAGAGAACGAUUGAAUCGGAUCGUACUCUGCAGCACAUUGUCAACGUGCUGGAUGCUCUGUUUUGUCAAUUUUUACAGCAGCAUCACUAUCGACCACGAAAGAAAAGACGCACGCAGCCAACUAGACAGUCGACUAUUGAAAGUUCAACGGCGGCCUCAGCCAAAAAGUUGGUCGCAAAAGAGUCCAGGAGCUUUAGCAGUUGGUCCCGAGUCAAAUCAGCGGACGCCCGAGCGUACGGUGAUUUAUUUAGUAAUCAGUCUAGAACUGCGGACACCAGUGUGGGAAAGCCUCCUUCAGAGAUGAAUUGCGUGGGCCUAAGCUCGUCUCAUUUCCCGUGUACCUCUUCUUACGGUCCAUCGCAAGCUGGGAAUCGGCAAAACGAAUCAGACUUCAGCCCAUUCAAAGAUCAAACUGCAGACAAUGUCAUUUCAUGGACCGAGCCCGGUACAAAUGACACGGUACUUGUCAACUCACGAACCGGACAAUGCUUGCCAAAGGCCCAGCAAAGCAGUCGACCCCGUUUGACAGGUUUGACAGGAUUGACGAGUAAUCGCCUCCAAAAUAUAGUCAUUCGUCCAAAAUCAGCCCCACCACGAGAUCGAUCAGUUUGGUUCGACACCAUCAUGCGUGACUGGACAAAUCCCGUGUUUCCGCGCCCAGAAACUCCAAUCUUGUCGACCGAAUGUGUAUCCCAUGACGAAAAUCGAGCUUCAAGUCAUUUCUUGCGAGACAUUACCAACGAAAAGAACGUCGGCAGAGAAAACAAUAAACUUUCCAAAAGUAGACUUGCAAAAGCGUCCGUUAUUGGCCAAGUUGACCGCAAAUUCAUCCUCAUUAGGAUUCCGGUCGACGAAAAACAUGACACUAAAACCCACGGCCAGAAGACUUUGGUGCUUGUCGAUCAACAUGCAGCAGACGAAAGAUGUCGUCUGGAACAGCUCUUCUCUGAAAUGUUUACGAUAGAAAGGUCCCAAGACGGUGCUACCCAAAAGUCGUCUAUCUGUACAUACGAGUUUCCUACGCCUUUGAGAGUUGACAUUGAAGAGCAGGAAAUUCAGACUUUUUCUGCCUACUCAAGGUUCUUUGCCUCUUGGGGAUGUCAUUACCAAAUUGCUAAGACGACCAGACCAUCACUUCUAGUGGACACACUUCCAAUCGGAAUUGCAGAAAGAUGCAGGCUAGAGCCAACCCUGCUGGCAGGCCUACUAAGAAAGGAAACAUGGAGCCGAGGCGGCGAGAAAAUCCCUUCCAUCCGCUCGUCCAAGAUUACAGCAUGCACGAAUCCACCAUCCCCAUUUCCUUGGCUUGACCUGAUUGCGGGAUGCCCGGAGACAAUCAUCGACCUGCUCAAUUCACGCGCGUGCCGAAGCUCCAUCAUGUUCAACGACAGUUUGUCGCGCGACGAAUGCCAGAAUUUGGUCGAGCGUCUUGCGCGCUGCGCAUUUCCGUUCCAGUGUGCACACGGCCGGCCGUCUAUGAUUCCUAUCGUGGAUGCUUCUUUUCUUGCUGCUACUACUUCUACUACUACUACUACUACUGCGAGAAAGGAGCUGGGCUUCGCCGACGCGUUUAAAAAGUGGGCUGUUGGGUCAUCUGCUUAA